AUGUUGCCGGACAGAACCUUAUCCAUGCCAGAAGAAAAACGCCCAGCUGGGUUCAAGAAGGCCAAACAACGCGUCAGAGUUUUGCUGACAAGUAACAAAACAGGAAAGCAUAAGCUGAAGCCCCUCAUUAUAGGAACGUCGCAGAAUCCACGCUGUCUCCACCAUGUCAACCGAUCAAUCUUACCUGCUGUCUACGCCGCCUCCAAGAAUGCCUGGAUGACAGCAGCUAUCUUUCAAGAAUGGUUUUUCCAUAAGUUUAUUCCUGCAGUCAGACAAUAUCUACAAAGACUUGAGGAAAAGGCUAUACUGUUGAUGGACAACUGCCCCGCCCACCCACCUACGACCACGCUGAUAUUGCAUGACGGGAAGAUUAGAGCAGUGCUUCUCCCAAAGAACACCACCUCUCUCCUCCAACCGAUGGAUCAAGGCAUUAUCCAAGCUUACAAGUCUCACUACCGAAGAGGACUUAAACUUGUACAGCGCCUGAAAUGCCUUGAGACCAUUGAUUGGCCAGAUCAACGAAAGGAAAAAGUAGCAUCAGUACUCACCUUGGACAUGAAUUCACCAGUGAUUGCAGCAAGUGUCCAAAGGGAGGUGCUAGAGCUCAUAGAAGACCUCAGGGAGGUGAUCAAGAAAUGUUUGAAAAACCUGAGGACGUGA